AUGGAGCGGAGGAAAUCCGUGCUAUAUGGGCUGUGGAUGCUGCGGAUUGCCGAAUGGCUUGAAGAUGAUAUUGUACCCGGAAAAGUCGAGAACAAAUUCGAGUUCCCUCUUGACGGCCUCCUCCGAUUGCUUCUUCGAGAUCAAGCUGUGAAGCAUCACAAACAAAUCUCCAUUAGCUCCUCUUCAACUUUCAAUCUGCCAUGA